UUAAUAUAUUCUUAUUCAUUGUUAUAGUUAUGCGACUAAGGAGUAUAUAAUUCCAAUAGCACAUGAUUUCUUGGGCAACAGUUUGAAAAAAAUCGACCGCUGAUCGUUUAAUUUUCGUUGAGCAACAAAAACUGCGAUAUUACAAAGGAGAAGGUUUUUUUGUCCCGGACUAUUUAGUGUCAGGGAAGCCCCGUUUUUAAUUGAAGGUCAACUGUAACUAGUCGACGAGAAGAGAAAUGGCGGGGUUGAGCUUUAACCCGGAAGGGCAUCAUAUUCGGGACGGAAGAACCUUAGCAGAGAUUAUAGCAGAUGAGGAAUAUCUGGAACCGGAGGAACCAAAAAUCAAAGAAAAGGAAGAAAAAGAAGAAAAGAAAUUCAAGUUUAUGAGUUUUGAAUUGGACAUGAAAUAUCCAAGAACUUUAAGAGGAUUCAUGCGAAUUUUACAGAUUCUUUUGCUGUUAGUCGCUUUCAUCUGUCUCAUCAUCACAUCAUGGGAAAACCAGGGAGUUUAUUCAUUUUAUUGUGUAUUUCUGAUUUUUGGAGCGCUUGUCAGUGGAUUCUUAUUUUUUACUCUGAUUGCUGGAAGCAGGAAAGGAUCAAUUUGCGGUUUAUCGUGGGUGAAAGUGGAAUUAAUUUAUUUCAUUUUCUUCGGAUUCAUUAUAUUUAUUGGUGCAUGUUUGGCAGCCAGCAACUCGGGUGGAAAUCCAGCUCUGAAUGCAGGCGCGGCAUUUGGAUUUAUUGCCGUUAUCACAUUCGUUGUGUACAUCUUCUGGACGUGGAAGGAUUACAAGAAUUCAGAUGACGAUGAAGAUAAAAAAGACGACGAAGAUGAUGAAAAUAAAGAGAAAGAUUCUCAAGCUGACGGAGAUGACGUAGAACGAGGUCCAAGCUACGGACCUCAAGGUAGAAAUGGGAGUAUGAACGAGAAACGUCUUACGGGAAGCAUGAUAGAUCCCCCGGAACAUCAAAAUGGGGAUUUGAGAAUCGAUGCUCCUCAGAAUAACACAAAAGAAAGUGGAAACUUUGGUGGCGCUCCUCAGUACCGACACCUCAACGACGGAACCAGAUCUCUGGAACGACCACUUUCUAUCAUUUCGAGAAACGAACUUAUUGAUCCAAAAUCAAGAAAAGAUCAGCACAACCGCCGCCCAAGAAGCGGAUCAGACAAGGACUCGGCAUAUAGCGAGGGAUCAAUGGUUGACCGCAAUCGUUCUCUCCCGACUAAAAUGAGACGCACAGCAAGCGCUAGAGCAGAUGAACGACAAAGAAGCUCGGGAAGGAGACAGCGCGAAUUCAGCGACAGAAGAAAAACUGGAUCAGCCGAACGACGCCCACCACAAGAAUUAUCCGCAGAAAUCUUAAACCAGGAAGAUGGUCGCCAAAGAAAAUCAGUUCCAAGUUGGCUACGAGCGGCGUUGGACGACGAUGAGGCAGAAAGAGGUGGGAGAAGACUCGUUUCUACAAUGCCUGCCCCUGGUCGAGGCGAAUUUCCACUAUUGCACAUGUCUGAUGAAGAGUCAAUUGCUUACCCAUCUGUAUCACAAACUUUAGGCAAUGGAGAUAGGUUCGGCCCACGAUUCAACAACAGCCGCGGGCGCGGAGAUCCUCGUCACGUUCAGCACGACCACAGAAGACGAGGCGGCCAACUUCACAGAAAAACUUCACGCAACCAUGGGCAACAUGGAGUGCAUGGAAGAGGCGGGAAACGUUUCGGCCACGGCCACGGUCACCGGCACAUACACGGGCAUGUCAAGAGGCAAAUGCACGGACCACACAGAGGGCAACACAGGCGAGGAGGUCGUCAUGGUCGAGGACAUGGUCACCAUCGCGCACAUCAUGGCGGAAAUGACCGCGUUAGGCCGGAAGAUGACGUUUUGCUUCGCAAAAUGGUAGGAAACGACCAACUUGUUCAUAGAAGUAACGGACAAUUUAGUGGACCAGGAAACAACAGGCGUGUCUACCUCGAACAGCCUGCUACGAUUCACUUCCCAGAGAAAUCACGAUGGGACGACAACGAGCCCGGCUUGCCGGAUUUUGGUGGAACACAUAAUAUGAUAGAAAAAUAUUUGAACGAUCAAUCGUAGCGUUUUGAUGGCCAAAAAUGAAAAAUUCAGUAAUCCAGUGACACUGAAGAGUGACUAUUCGUUAUCGCCCAAGGAAGAUAUAGUUUGGGAGGUUUUACGCAACCAUGGGCAUUUGAGAAAAUUUUCCAACAAAGAUGCCGUAUUUGACGGACUUUAACUACCUGAUUUAUCAAUAAAACAAUUUAAUAUGCCCCUUAUGGUCCGUAAAAUACAUUGUAUAUUCUUCUGCAUUUUCUUUCAACAAUAUUCAUGUUUCCUUCUCUGCGGUCGGAUAUCGAGUCAUAGACUUGGAAUUAUUUAUUAUCUGCAAUGAUUCUUUCAAAAAUUUUAUUUGCGUGCGAAGCAAUUAGAAUCAAUGUGAACAAAUUUUGAACAAAAUAUUUCAGACUUGAAGUUUAAUGAAGUGUUUUUUAUUAUUGCACUGAUCUACCUAUUCACGUGAUCAACGAAUACUGAAAUCAUUGAGAGUAACAUUCAAGCUUUAAUUGGACUUUCAUUCUGACAGACAUGCAAAUGUCAAAAGGAAUUCCAAUGCGUUCAACGAGAAAUAAAAUUGUUCUGCUGAAGUUUUUAGACGAUGUACUGCAAUAUAUAUGAAUAUUAUAGAUAUACUUUUUAAAUACACCCCAAAUAUGACGCAUAUCUUGGAAUUAUCCCCUUAACUUACUGGGGGGAGUGGGUUGGAAAUUAUCCACAUAGCUUUCUCGAAUUCCAUCUGAUCGCCGAGAGUACAGAGUCAAAUAUAUAUAUUUAUAACCCUAACUGUUAUUUAUUUUUAAUGUCUGGUGUCCGUCAGAAUAUUUUCUUUUGUGCCAAACUCAAUAGAUCAUGUAAGCAGACAUAUUUUAGGUUGAUUUUUCCGCACUUCACUUUUUUUUAUUAAUUCUGGUGACAUUCCUUGAAUAAAAUUAUUGAUCUAUCGAA